UUGCACCAUAACAAGUACAUUUUUGAGAGAAAAAGAAAUGAGACUCGAACGAUCAGUCUACACAUUGCAAGGGAAAGGCGACGCUUGGAUUGUCCAAAAGUAAUAAACAACGAGAUUUGGAGCAAUGGGCCGUGAAAGAGGCAGUGAGAGGGAGAGAGACCGGGAUAGGGACCGUGACAGAUACCACCGUCAUAGGUCACACUCUCGGGAAAGAGACCCAUCCAGACGAGACAGAGAGAGGGAGCGAGAACGUCGUGACAGAAGAAGUCGCUCCAGGUCCCAUUCUAGGUCGAGGUCUCCACGUGGAAACCGCCGAAGGUCACCUGUGUAUAUGGCUGGGCCAUCAGGGAAGCACGAUGAAGCUCCAAUGGAGGAAUUAACUGCUGAAGAGAAGCAAAUGGCAGAAGUUAUGGGUUUUGCAUCAUUUCACACCACAAAAGGGAAAAAAGUGGAUGGGAACAACGCAGGUGCAGUGCACGUCAUUAUGAAACGCAAAUAUCGUCAGUACAUGAAUCGAAAGGGUGGCUUUAACAGACCUCUCGACUUUGUGGCAUAAAAUCACCCCACUCCAGGGAAUCAAAUGCUUAAAAUUUAAUUGAAGAAGAAGGAUACAUUAUUAUAUUUUCAUUUGGGCAGUACCUUGAAAGUGCACUUGCCUGACUCAGAAAUUUUCUUGAAGAAGAUAGGGAAUUCGUCUUUUUAUCCUCUCACUGCCUCUUUCCUUUUGCAAUUUAUUUAUUUGCAUUAUUAGUGUUGUUUAUUUUUUUAUUAUUAUUAUUAUUUUCUUAAGAAAGAUUUAGUUAGAUUACACCUGUUUUGCAAGCAAAUGGUUUAGCACUGCUCUUUAGAUGCCAGUGGGAACACAGUCAUAAAUAGGAAAAGAUUUAGGGAGACAACAAUAUUAGUUAAUUAUCCAGUAGAUAAGAGCAUUUUGUUUUCUCCUUUUUUUGCCAAUUAUUCAUACUAGACUUCCAAUCAAUCAGGAACUUUGCAAAAUGUCAUGUUUUGAUACAGGGGAAAAUGAAAUUUAGAUUUAAAUAUAUCAGUUUAAUUUUCCACUUUUAUUGAUGUCUUAGGUUGGUUCAACCUAUUUCUAGGCAAAAAUGAUUGUUUUAAAGCCCAAUGUGCUGGGAUGGCAUGACAUACAUGUAGUGUUCACUCUUAUUUAGUUAAUCAAAUGUGUUUACCCAUUGAUGGCCUCUUCAUAAAUGGUGAGUCACCAGGGAGUCAAUUAACAGACUAGAAUUACCUGUCUCAACUUUUUAGCCUCUUCCAUGAUUAUUCUUUUUUUCUUCCUUUCGUCUUUUUCUUUUUUAAUGUAAGCAAUUUAAUAAUGAUAUGAUAAUCAUGAUAUCAAUAAUGCUUAUAAAAAUGUUGAUAUUUGAUACCAUUAGAUUUUCUUUCUUUCUUAUUUUUCUUUUUUCAAGGAAUAGGAAAAUCAGUUGAUGUCCCCUGGGCCUACUAAUUGACUCUUUGGUGGCUAAAAUUUCUAGAGCCAUCUGUGUGCUACAAAAUUAACAAAAAAAUGAAGUGGACCGUGCAUGGGCCUGUAGCUAAUGGGUUGAGGAUGAGAAUGUAUGAUAGUUAUUUUGAUUUUUGACAAUGUAUGGAUGAUUUAAUGAUAUUUGACCUCUGACUCUUUUUUUUAUUUUAUUUUUGUUAUUGUGGUUGUCCAUUAGUAGUGAAAACAGGUUUACAAAGAAUUACACUUUUUUGAAGUAGAAGGUGUAGCCAAGACUGGUGGCUUAUUUAUAUGUAGAUAUGUCAUUAUCAUGUGAAGCCAUGUUCUGUAACAUUUUCCAAUAAAGGAGAUUUCUAAU